CUUCCCCUGGUCAGCAGCUCUCUUGGGCUGCUUCUUUACAAUUCGACAAGUAUCUUUGGGCCAACCAGCUUUACACUUCUCAUUCAGAAGUUCCAGCUUCACUUUUUCUGUCACUUACAAAGAUCCCUUCAACUACUUGUCUAUAACAACCUAUCUCCGCCUCCGUUGAUAUCUUCCCAUCCAUCCAUCACCUUCUCUCCAGCUGCCAUCAUCGCCAAGACGAACUAGAUAGGUACCUACCCGAUCGACCCGUUCCGACCUCCCGGCAACUUCUCACCAGGAUGGCGGCUACAUCGUACGCCUACCGUGGCCUCGAGGCCGUCGAAAAGAAAGAUUGGGCCGCUGCCGUUCCCCUUCUCGACAAGGCGCUGGAGGGUUCAAACUCCCCUCUUUGGCUGUUGGCCCGCUCGCACGCCCACCUCGAACUUAAGAACUAUGAAGAUGCCCUCCGCGAUGCCGAACUUGCGUACCACGUUGCUGCCGAGAGGGGAUCUGGGAGAAAGCAAAUGAUCGACGCCCAGUAUCGCCGUGCUACCAUUUAUCACAGACUCAAGCAGUAUGCCGACUCGGACUGCUGUGCCAAAUGGAGCAUGCUCUUGGCAGAGGGUCGCCCAGCUCGUGAGGAUGACGGGGUUGAGAAGAACGUUGAUGCCGACGGGUACUACACGGUUACAUACGAGGAUGCGGUUGCCGAUAACGCGAACCAGCCGGAUUACUCUAUGAGGGAGAGCUUGAAAGAUCCAGGCGUGAAAGACCCAAAUGCAAAGACGAUCAAGACUGGGUUUGAGUCACAGUGGAAACGAGCGUAUACGUGGAGAACUGUCGUUUUGGGAAUCCUGAAGAGGCUGCCGAAAAAUGACCCAGGGCGCAAAGUCCAUGUUUCCAAGAUACCACCAAAGCCAGAGCUGAAGAAGGUCGAGAAGAAGGCCGAGCCUCUGGUUGUGGAGCUGGACAGCGAGGAUGAAAAGCCGGUUGCGAAGCCCAGCGAGCCUGCGCCGGGAAGUGUACCCGAUGAGAAGCUCAAGCUUCGUACCGACUUUUACCAGUCCAACCAAAAUGUAACAGUUUCACUGUUUGUCAAGGGUACGAAGAAGGAAGAGCUUAACGUCAAGUUCUCGAAGCACCAGGUUCAAAUAUCACCAAUUGCUCGCGCCGCGGCCCCAUACGUAAAGCCUGGCGACCGCGAGGCUUCCUCGACCUUGCACCUGAGCGGCGAGAUCAAUCCCGCUGGUUCUCGUUGGACCGCCACCCCAUCGAAGAUUGAGCUCGUUUUGCAGAAAGCUACGCCAGGGAAGUGGGGCUCGUGGGGCAAGGAGGAAAUCGGCAUCGUAGAGAAUGCGGAUCAAGAAGAGGAUAUUGAAGAGGUCACCCCUUCUUCAUCCAACCAGGCUUCGGCUCCUGCUGUCAAGCCUGCCGCUGCUCCAGCCUACCCCACCAGCAGCCGGACCGGACCUAAGAACUGGGACAAGCUGGAGGAGCUGGAAGGGGUCGAGGACACUGAGAGCGAUGUCAAUGCCUUCUUCAAGAAGCUUUACAAGGACGCCUCCCCUGAGCAGCAACGCGCCAUGAUGAAGAGUUUUACUGAGAGUAAUGGGACAGCUCUCAGCACGGACUGGAGCGAUGUGAAGGGGAGGAAGGUGGAGACGGUGCCGCCUGAGGGUGUCGAGGUCAAGAAGUGGAAUAGUUGAAGGUGGUCCCGAGGUUGGGAUUUAUUCUCUUGAGAAGUGGGACCGGUUGCAUGGUUAAUGGCAGUGAUAGCGACGUGAACUUUUGUAUCAUGCUUUAUUAGAGUGGUGGAUAGGGGAUGAUGGCGUUGUGUUAGGCGCUGGCGUUGGAGUGUUUACAAAAGCGAAGCAAACUGGGCCGGUAGUAAUGAGGAAUAUUUUUACUUUGAUCGUGCGAUGUGAAGGGACGGUUCAGAAAUGAGACAAGUCGGUC